AUGGAUAUGGGCGCCAACUCGCUGCCGUCGCCGUCGUGCCCCGACGGCCGGAAGCGGCGCGUGUGCUACUACUACGACCCGGGCAUCUCCAACGUCGACUACGGCAAGGGACACUCCAUGGUGCCCCGCCGUGUCGCGAUGACCCACGGCCUCGUCGCCUCCUACGGCCUCCUCAACGACAUGACUCGCCUCCGCACCAGGCCCGCCAGCCCGGAGGAGCUCCUCGCGUUCCACGACCAGAAAUACGUCGACCUCCUCGGCAGGCUCACCCCCGCCGCGUACAUCAGCGACGGCGAUCUCCGGCGGACGGCCGAGGAGCACGGCAUCGGCCCCGUGCGCCGCUGGGACGACGGCGCCUGCACGAACGACAACCCCGUCAUCGACGGACUCAUGGGGUACUGCCUGAGCUACGCCGGCGGGUCGCUGGCCGCGGCGCGCGCGCUCUGCGGGGGCGACCACGACGUCGCUAUCAACUGGUCCGGCGGCAUGCACCACGCGUGCCGGGGCCACGCCAACGGCUUCUGCUACGUGAACGACAUCGUGCUCGCCAUCAAGCAGCUCCUCGGCCGCUUCCGGCGGGUGCUGUACGUGGACAUCGACGCGCACCACGGGGACGGCGUGGAGAAGGCCUUCGCGGACUCCAACCAGGUGAUGACGCUGUCCUUCCACCAGUACCAAACCGAUUUCUUCCCCGGCACCGGGAGCAUCGACGACGUCGGCGAUGGGGCCGGCAGGUACCACGCCCUCAACGUGCCGCUCAAGAAGGGCAUGGACGACCAGGGGUACCAUGAGCUGUUCAAGCCGAUCGUGGGCAAGGCCAUGCAGGUGUUCCAGCCGGACGCCGUGGUGCUGCAGUGCGGCGCCGACUCGCUCUCCGGCGACCGGCUCGCCGGCCUCGAGCUGUCGGUGGGCGGCCACGCGGAGUGCGUCAGGUACCUGCGGGGAUUCAACGCGCCGCUGCUCCUCCUCGGCGGCGGCGGCUACACCAUUAACCACGUCGCCUCCUGCUGGUGCUACGAGACGGCGGUGGCCGUGGGCAAGGAAGACGAGAUCGCCGACGAGAUACCACACCAUCCGUACGAUCACUACUACAGGAGCCAGGGUUACAAGCUCCAGUGUCGCACGGAGGCGCCCGGCAGCCUCAGCAGCGGGGAGAAUAAGGACGCGGCCGCCAUUAGGGUGAAAGCCCUGGAGCACCUCUCGGCGAUCAACUGCGCCCCGAGCAUACAGUUCCACGAGCCAUGCGGCGCGGCGGCCCAAGGCAUGGACGUCGACGACCUCUGCCACGACGACGACAACGAUGAAGAAGAAGAAGAAGACCCAAUGGAGAGGCUGCAGCGGCUGUGCGACAACGCGGACCUCGCCGGGUUUUUCGUGGAGUUGGGGCGGAAGCACAGACUAUCGUCCUCUGCCAUGAAAUCCAGUUUGUGCCGUUUGCAUGCUCCUACCCCUUCUUUAUCUGUUGUUCCACUUGGCCGGUGGCACCGGUAUUUCCUGCUUCAGUACGUCGACGACAUCAUCAUCAUAGUUGAAGGCUUCGAUGCAGACAUAGCUAACCUUAAAUUACUUCUCCUCUGCUUUCAACAAAUGUCUGGCCUCAAGAUCAACUUCGACAAGAGUGAUGUGAUGUUCUGGCAAUCAGUCAUCCAGCUGCUUCCCGUCCUCCGCAUUGGGACGUUCAUAUCGGUUGGAUCGAGAUCAGCGACCAUGUUCUGGUUUGACCGUUGGGCGGGAGACAUCCCCUUUGCGGCUCGCUUCCCCAACCUCUUCUCUAUCGCUGUCAUCCCGUUGAUCUCCGUGGAACGGGCCCUUAUUGAUUUAGGGCGCCUCGCGUUCCAGAAGCCAUUUGGACCUCCGGAAGCUGCCGCUUGGCAGGAGCUUCUUGACUGCAUCGCUCUCCACGAGCCGGCUGUCGACGCAGGCCCAGAUGAGCCGCCCUCGGGACGGGACGCCAUCUCCGCCUUCAUCGCCGACCUUCGCUCGAUGGCCGUCUGCCUGUCGCCACCGCCCCCGCUGCCUCCUCCAGAGCCUGAUUAG